CCGUUGCUCUACUGUGGUACUACUCCAUAGACGACGAUGAUAAUGUUUUUGUUGCUGUUGUUUCCUUUCCUGUGUUGGCAGCUCGCUGUCCACAGCCUAGCGUCUCUGUCCUUUGGACUCACUGUUGUUUAGCUUCUGGUUUCUAGUGCAUACCAAGGUCUUGGGCACUUGGGGAUGAGUGAAGCUCGCCACAUCCUGGUGGAAUUGAGCCUGUUUGAAUUCUAGCUUUUGUUAGCUUCCUGUGUCUAAUAAUCGUUUCAGAUAGUCCCUGAAUUUUUGGCGUUAUCUUGUGAUCUUUUCCCCGAAUUGGUCCCUUCCAUUCCAUCCUUUUCUUUCAGACCUUCCGCUGUUUUCCUCUUGAUUUCUAUCCCAUCCCAGGUUUUCGGGUCGUGUGCGGCUUGUCACAUCCCGGUGGUUCCAUGCCCGUCUCGAACUGCUAGUUCCUGAUUCUUUCCGCUGCGGUGGCUGAUUCACCUCAUGCCCUAAAAUCCUUGCCCUGUCCGUCGUUUCACCUCUUCUUCUUGCUGUAGUUUUGCUGCUGAGCUCUAGCCUGUCUUCUGUGGGGUCAAGCUCAUAGGUUGCUUGUCAUACUCCAAUGGAUUCACCUUAAUCUCACUCGUUAUUCUCACCUGCAGCUCUGCUUUCGCAUCAUUUCUGUCUGCGUAUGUAUGACUCGGAUUAAUCCUGCCAUUUUCCCUCUGUGCCUCUGAAAUUUUUAUUGCCAGUUCAUUGGAGCACGUCGCAAUCUUCCAUUUAAGCGCAGUUCCAGAGUGCUCAGCUGCACAGUGGAGCUGUGUCCGCCCGUUUCCCUACACCAUCAAUGAGCUGCUGAGCCACCAUGCCUGGUCCUCCCCCACUCUUAUCAAUAGCGUAACUGUACUGCUGCGCAUAUCCCGCACCUGCUAAUGUGCUUGUCCGCUCGCCUCAUUCCUUCCCGGCUAGCGUUCAUGGGCUAACGGCUACAGCUACAGCUCAUCUUCUUCGCCCUUUUCCAUACAAGGUUUUAAUGGUGUUUGGUGGCUAUGUCCACUAGCUUCUUCCUCUCGUUGAAAGCUUUUAGAUUGCUCUCGGCAAAGAAAGACCUGAUCUUUCGUUCGUGUCGGCGUUAAUUUGGCAUCUUGCAAGACGUUCUUGCGAGGUUCUGUGGUAGGAUCGACAGCUUGGUGGUCGCGCCAGCGGCGUCGGCGAGGCGGCCUACGAGAGUGGUGCUACACGGAUUCCCCGGCGGCCGUGAGGCGUUCGAGGUCGUGGCGAGGCUCUGUUACGCCAACGGCGGCGGCGGCGUCGCGGUGACCGCGGCCAACGCCUGUACGCUGCGCUGCGCGGCGGAGUUCUUGGACAUGGCGGCGGACGCGCCCACAGCGGCGUCAACCGCCGCACCGAGCCUGGUAAAGAUGACGGAGAAGGUCCUCGAGGAGAUGCCGCACUGGCCGUGGCACAGCGUCGUGGACGCCGUGAAGCAGUGCCAGCGCCUGCUCCCGCUCGCUGACUCCACCGGGGUGUUCGACAGGGCCUUGGCCGCGCUGGUGUCCCACAUGGCUGUGCCCCCGGUCGGAGACGCCACCCCGACGAGCUCCUCGCCGGAGAGCUCGGCCUUCCGGUUCUCGUGCGACACCAAGAGCAGCAGCCUCAGCCUACGUGGUUCCUGCAUCAGCCUCACCUGGUGGUUCGAGGACCUCGUCGCGCUCAGCCCCGGCACGGUAGAGCGUGUUGCCACGGCGCUCGUGGCCAGGGGCACCGACCACGGCGUCGUCUCCCGGUUCCUCUUCUACUACCUCAAGUGCUGCAUCGCUGGCGCGAGCGCGGACGACAAGAAGGCGAUGCUUGAAGCGUCGAUCGCCGUCAUGGCCGGCCUCGACCGGAGCGCGGUCUCCUGCAAGGGCCUCUUUGGCAUCCUGAGGAUCUCCGCGCCGCUGAAGCUGGCCGACGCCUGCCAGGAUCGGCUCGUUGCCAUGAUCGGCCGGAAGCUGGACCAUGCGACGCUGGACAACCUGCUCGUCCCGGCGCCGCCCGGGACGGGCAGCCUGUACGACGUGAGCCUGGUGCUCAGGUUCUUGGAGGCCUUCCUCCGCGGCGGCGCGCGCGACGAGCCGGCAAGACUGAAGAAGAUGGGGCAGCUCAUGGACCUGUACCUGGCCGAGGUCGCCCCGGACCCGUCGCUGCGCCCAGCCAAGUUCGUCGAGCUGGCCACUGCGCUGCCGGCUCCGGCGAGGGAUUGCCACGACGCGCUGUAUCGCGCCAUCGACGUCUACUUCCAGGUUCACUCUCGGCUGACGGACGACGACAAGAUGAAGAUCUGCAGGGGGCUCAGCUACGAGAAGCUGUCGCCGGAGUGCUGCACGCACCUCGCGCAGAACGCCGGGUUCCCGACGAGGGCGGCGGUGCAGGCGCUGGCGUCGCAGCACACCGUGCUCAAGAGCCUCGUCCUUCGGGACCCGGGCCAGCUGAAACCGGUGCCGUCCCCUCCCCCGUCCACCACGAACAGCUACGACGACGGAGAGAACGACGGGCAGGUCAUCCUGUACGCCGGGAGGCUGGACCUGUCGCUGGAGAACCAGAACCUGAGGUCGCUCCUGGACGGGAUGCACUGGCGGGUGAUGGAGCUGGAGAAGGUGUGCAGCCGGAUGAAGACGCAGAUGACCAAGAUGAAGGCCAGUAGAGGCGGCAGCUGCACCGCGAGGUCGCUCCCCAGGAUGUGUUCUUGAUUCGUCUCAAGGGAUCGUAACUAUGUGCCAUAGUGAUGUACAUAGGCCUAGAAUCAAUCAAGUGCGGUCUCAGCACUCCUGCAUCGUCCUUUUUAUUGCUUCAUUUUUGCCAAAUUUCCUCUGUGUAUGAUGUGCAUCAGUUCUUGGUGAUUGGAAAGGAGAGCAAGCUUGAGUGGCC